AUGUCUAUCACGAUUCUUGAUGGAGGACUUGCUACGUGUAUAGAGAAAUUGUUUCAACGGCAUCUCGGUAACGGUUCUCUGUGGAGUGCGAAAAUCUUGGCACAGGAGCCAUCUGUGAUCACUGCUGUGCACGAGGCUUUUCUUGCUGCAGGAGCGAGCAUAAUAACGACUGCUACGUACCAAGCCUCCGUCGAUGGAUUCGAGAAGUUCUUGGGAUUGGACCGAAAAUCAGCAAUUGAUGUUAUCCGUCGAUCUAGGGCAGCAGGAGUAAAAAAUGGCCGCGCUCAAAGAAACGAUAGUGACGUACCAGGUGACAUCGCUGCUCAUGCGAGAAGGGGCCUCACCAAGCGCUUACUGUUCCAUUAUCUUCUCAGAUUAUACCGCUGUGCCAAUAUGUCUAUCACGAUUCUUGAUGGAGGACUUGCUACGUGUAUAGAGAAAUUGUUUCAACGGCAUCUCGGUAACGGUUCUCUGUGGAGUGCGAAAAUCUUGGCACAGGAGCCAUCUGUGAUCACUGCUGUGCACGAGGCUUUUCUUGCUGCAGGAGCGAGCAUAAUAACGACUGCUACGUACCAAGCCUCCGUCGAUGGAUUCGAGAAGUUCUUGGGAUUGGACCGAAAAUCAGCAAUUGAUGUUAUCCGUCGAUCUGUUCUAUUAGCAAAGACGGCUAAAGGAAAUCAGGGAAAAACAGCGGAAGGGUCAGUCGGUCCGUAUGGCGCUUGUUUGGCCGAUGGAUCUGAAUACACGGGAUCGUAUCUGAAUGAUGCGACGAUCACAAACGAAUUUUUAAAGGCGUGGCACCGACCAAGAAUUGAAGCUUUGCUGAGCGAAGGAGUUGAUGUGUUGGCAGUGGAAACGCUUCCAGGGGCCCGGGAAGCUGAAGCCAUUGCAGACCUUCUCAAAGAAUUCCCUGGUUCCAAAGCUUGGUAUUCCUUCUCAUGUCGUAGCGGAACACAAACCAGUUACGGUGAAGACAUUGGGGAAAGCGUUUCUAGGGUGGUUCGCGUUGGUGGGCCCCAAGUGUUCGCUGUUGGCGUCAAUUGUUGUUCGCCAAAGAAUGUGACUGAGUCGAUCUUGCGGAUUCGUGUUUGUGUUGGUCCGGAAAUUCCUGUGAUUGUGUACCCGAAUUCGGGGGAAGAGUUCGUCCCAUCGACGAAGACGUUUUGUGGAAGUGCUUUCGACAUUGUUGAACUCAGUGAGCAGUGGAUCGCGGCUGGUGCCACCUUAGUAGGUGGUUGCUGUAGGGUUUAUCCUGAUGAUAUUCGCCGACUUAGUCAGAAAGUCAAGAUGUUG